AUGGGGACGUUGAUUAACGUUUUUAUUCUGAGCUUUCUGGCUUCUACAUUUUAUGCGUCUCCCUUACAGCCUACAUACGAUACGAUAGUGGUAGGCCUGGGGUCAGCUGGUGCCACAGCAGCAUCUACUCUUGCCAAAGCCGGGAAGAGGGUCCUGGCUUUGGAGGCCCAAGACAGAAUUGGGGGUAGAGUGAAGACUGUUCCAUUCGGUGAUGGUGUGGUGGAAGAAGGCGCGGAAUGGAUCCAUGGAACAGGAAACAGCCGUGUCUAUGAUAGCGCAGUUAAAAAUAACAUAACCGUAUUUCCUCAAGACCCAAAUUCCUUCGUGUAUAAUUCAGACGGUACACCCGGGAAUACAAGUUUAAUAAAUGAGUUACUUGAACAUAGCAUGACAAUUGCAGAUAACCCGUCUGAAAAACCAGAAGCUCUCGGUAAAUUUAUAUCUAGAAGCAUGUUAGAUUAUUUAAAGGAGAAAUAUCCAAACUUAUCAGAAAAUAAGGAGUUCGUAAGUGAAUUUUUCGACUUACUAAAUAUAUUUGUGAGUAACGACGUGGCGUCGAACGACUGGAACGAUAUAAGUGCUCAGUCGCACUACAGGGGUGUGGGGGGUAACUUGUACACGACGUGGCAUCGACAUGGAUAUAAAACCUUCUUUGAUAUUGUACUGAACACUUACAACAACGGCACAGGUUGGCCUACUUUAGAUAUAAAACUAAAUAAGGAAGUCACUCUAAUAAAAUGGCCGAAAAACUCCACCGGAAAUGUCGAAGUGCUGUGCAAAGAUGGCGACGUGUUUAAAGCUAAUAAUGUUAUUGUUACCGUCUCACUUGGUGUUCUGAAAGAGAGAUAUUCCACUCUAAUUUCCCCUCCAAUACCACAGAGUAAGAUAACAGCUAUAGAAAAAAUCCCUUUCGGGCUUAUAGGCAAAAUUAUAUUGUCUUUUCCGAAAAGAUGGAUACUUAAUGAUAAUUACAUUUUAUUUUAUUUGCCUGGAGAUAAAAGUAAAAUAAACGAUACAUGGCUCACGAAAAUACGAGAUAUUUCAACACCAAGCGGAUCUUCCAAUACUAUUACUCUGUGGACGUCAGGAGAUGUUACUAAAAUGGUAGAAAAGUUACCAGAAGACGUCGUGAAGAGGAAAGUGAUGGGACUCUUGAGACAGUUUCUUGGCAAAGACAUGACCGUGCCAGAGCCCACUGGUAUAAUAAUAUCAAAAUGGUUCUCAAAUCCCUUCACACGUGGUACCUACACUUAUGACAGUUUGUCGGUGCACGAGUAUCCGGACGCGCGGGCGACUCUCGGGGAACCCCUCGUCGACGAGGCGGGGGUUCCCAAGGUGUUAUUCGCAGGGGAAGCCACGGAAUUGACUCACUUCGCUACCGUCCAUGGCGCGAGCGAGACCGGUUAUAGAGAAGCUAUGAGGUUGUUGAAUUUAAAUAAGCAA